CUCACUUUGGUUUACCUCGCGAGUGACAAGAUGUCACUUCCUUUCGAUUGUUGUUGAACGCACACCAAAGCAUCACCGUAUAAUUGGAGGUUUGAGCCCAGCGCAGCAGGCAUGUCGUGGGCCACGCGGAUUACAUCCUCUAAUCUGCCUGUCAUGAAAACCUCACCACAGAUGAAAAAAAAAGGAAGAUCAUGGAAUAACAAAUGGAUGGAAGCGUGUUGGAAAUAAGAUGGGAAAAGAAGAGAUAUUUCGGAGGACGCAGUGUCCCAUCUUCAGCCCGAUGGAGAGUUGAGUUGAGAAGACUGAGUGACAAACUGUCUGCCAUAGGUGGUGCUGAAGAGCAUGGAUGAGCCAGGCACCAGGAAGAAGCCACCUUGGCCCCACUUGGACAUCCCAAUCAUCCAGCUGACAACUGCAGACACACCCAUCCUCAAGGGGCCACUAAAACGCCAGCGCAGUGUCAGCAUGCCGGGACCAAACCUUCAGGCCUGCAUGGGGGCCUUCGAUACAUCCAAAAACCACCUCAGACCUCCUCUGGAGACAGUGCCCUCCUUCACAUCAUCCAAGGGUGAGAAAAAAGUGCACUUUGAGCGAGUCAACACAAUUCCCCCUAAAGGCCGACGAUGCCCCAGGAGCGUUUCCACCGUCCGAAGGCGGUCCUGCACCCCUAAAAUACUGACUCGACGACGCUCGUCUAUUCCGAAACAGAUUAUCAGGGGUACAGCGGACUGGUUUGGCGUGGGCAAAGAUAGCGACAGUGGCCAGCGAUGGAGGAGGAAGAGCCUGCAGCACUGCAGCCAUCUCUACGGGGGCCUAAAGGCUCAGGUGAUGAGGGGCAUGGAGCUGCCCAGCCAGGACAACCUCUCCCUGGCCAGCACUGAGACCCCUCCUCCCCUCUACCUCCCACCCCACCACCCUUGUCACCAUCACUAUGGCAUACAGAGGAUUGUGGAUCCGCUGGCUCGUGGUCGCGCCUUCCGCACGGUGGAAGAGGGAGACGGCUUCGGUGUCCCACCGACUACCACCAACCCCUGCACAGCCUCCCUGUGCUCCUUUUCCAGCUCCCGCUCGGCCCUCAGCAGGUUGCCACGGCGACGCAAGCGGGAGUCCGUUGCCAUCAUGAGCCUCAAAGCUGCCGCGGCACUGAUGAAGGGCCGUGCAUUAGGUGAAGGCGCCACAGGGCGAUAUCGCAGGCGGAGUUUCCUGCCCCCCAGUUUCUUCGAGGAUGACACUGUAGACUUCCCUGAUGAUCUUGACACAUCUUUCUUCACUGGAGAGGGCCUGCCAGAUGAGCUCUCCAGCUACGCCGAUGAGGUUUUUGAGACGGCAUCGGAGACUGCGUGCCAGCAGCCGGAUGAGGGUGAGCUCACCGGAAGUGCGCUGGAUAGGAACGAACUGGAGAGGAGUCACCUGAUGCUGCCUUUAGAGCGAGGAUGGCGCAAAGCAAAAGACGGCUCACUCGUCCAACCCAAGGUGCGAGUGAAUCAAGUGGUGAGUCAGCAGCGUGGGCAAAGGAUCGCGGUGCCCGUGAAGAAGUUCUUCGCCCGAGAGAAGAGGCCCUACGGGCUCGGCAUGGUCGGCCGUCUUACCAACCGGACAUACCGAAAGCGCAUCGACAGCUUCGUCAAGAGACAGAUUGAAGACAUGGACGAUCACAGGCCUUUCUUCAGCUACUGGAUCACAUUCGUCCAUUUACUUAUCACCAUCCUGGCUGUCACCAUCCACGGCAUCGCUCCUGUGGGCUUCUCACAACAUGAAACUGUUGAUUCGGUGUUGCGGAACAAGGGUGUGUACGAAAAUGUGAAAUUUGUGCAACAACAAAAUUUCUGGAUUGGUCCAAGCUCAGAGGCGCUGAUCCAUCUGGGAGCCAAGUUUUCCCCGUGCAUGCGUCAGGAUGGAGAGAUCCACAAGCUGGUGCAGGAGAAGAGGGCCAAAGAGAGAGAGUCGGGCUGCUGCGUGAGGAACGAUCGCUCGGGAUGUUUGCAGACUUUACAAGAGGAGUGCUCGACCACCUUGGCACUGUGGGUAAAAUGGCCUCAGCACCCCAGUGCUCCUUAUUUGAAUGGUAAACUACGACAAUACGGUGCAGUCUGCCAUCAGGAUCCCAGAAUAUGUCAGGAGCCUGCCUCUGUUUCACCUCACGAGUGGCCUGAAGACAUCACCAAGUGGCCAGUUUGCACGCGGUACAGUUUUGUGAACCACACCAACCUCCCCCACAUAGAUUGUACCAUCACGGGCCGGCCCUGCUGCAUCGGAACCAAAGGACGAUGUGAAAUCACUUCCAGAGAGUACUGUGACUUCAUGCACGGCUACUUCCAUGAAGAAGCCACUCUCUGCUCACAGGUGGCGUGCAUGGAUGACGUGUGCGGUCUCUUGCCUUUCCUCAACCCAGAGGUCCCAGACCAGUUUUCCCGACUGUGGCUCUCCCUCUUCCUUCAUGCUGGGAUCCUUCACUGCCUGGUGUCAAUGUUGUUCCAAAUGACAGUGCUUCGUGAUCUGGAGAAGCUGACCGGCUGGCUGCGGAUCUCCAUCAUAUACAUGCUCAGCGGCAUUACAGGCAACUUGGCGUCGGCCAUUUUUCUGCCCUACAGAGCGGAGGUGGGUCCUGCUGGCAGCCAGUUCGGCAUCUUGGCAUGUCUCUUCGUGGAACUCUUUCAGAGCUGGCAGAUCCUCGAGAGGCCGUGGCGAGCGUUCGGAAAGCUGCUCGGCAUCUCUGGCUUUUUCUUCUCCUUCGGUCUGCUUCCCUGGAUCGACAACUUUGCCCACAUUUGUGGUUUUGUCUCAGGAUUCUUCUUGUCCUUUGCCUUCUUGCCAUACAUCAGCUUUGGACGCUCCGACAUGUACCGCAAGAGGGUGCAGAUCUGUGUAUUCCUGCUGGUGUUCACAGCUCUGCUGUCGUCCCUGGGCAUCCUCUUUUACGUUUACCCCGUCAAGUGCGACUGGUGCGAGUACCUCACCUGCAUCCCCAUCACGGACAAACUCUGCGACAAGUACGACCUAAACGCAAAUCUCCUUUGACCCACGUCGGCUGCUUUGGAUGCACCGUGCGUGUGUGGGCGCUCGGGUUGCACCGCAGCAUGUUGAAAUGAAGAGGACGACUUCAUCUGGAGGUUCCAAUGGAAAAUGGGACAAUUUUCUCAAAGUGCUGUCCCACCAUGAAAAAGCAGUGAACCCAAAAGAGCUGAAGCACUUGAUUAAAAUGCUCUGAUUCACUGAUUUGUACGGUUUUGGCCAAUGACUCCAAUUUUCUGUUUUCAUUAUUUGAACUCACAUUGCUUGUAAUGAGCAGUUUGAACCUUUUUGUCUUUUCCUUCCACAUUCCAAAAAUGACGAACAACAGGCUGAAAUGCUGAAGAAGUCACGUACCAAUAUUGUAAUUAUUGACAUGUUGCACACAUUUUUCCAAUAAAGAGUAUUUUUCUGUAUACAACAGACCCAUGUUAAACAUUCUCUUCAGCAAAGUUAGUGAAACAACAUUUGAGUCAUUGCCAUAUCAAUCAUUUUCACCACCACCAAUGCUACACUGACUCAACAGCAUCCCUUAGCGGCAAAUUUGAGCAUCACAAAAUGCCACCUGGCCUGAAUAUUCUUUUCACCAAUCUUUCUUCAGGAGAUGACCGUUCUGUUAUGAAAAUCUUAAAGUGCCUCAUUCUCCCAUGUGACGUCUACACUUUCUGAUUGCAUACUUGUGAAAUGUAAACGAUAUUGCAUAUUGCUGACAAACAAUAAUAACAUACGUAAUAGUAAAUAACUAAAUGGUAAUAAUUCAAAUGAUUAGAAACACCUCUAAGGAGAAUGCAGUGCAGUUCUACACGACUGCAAUUACUAUAAUCAACUCGUGGUUAAAUGACUAGCUCCCCACAGUGUCAACCGAAACACAAAUUCAAAUACAGUUCACACAAAAAUUCAAAACACACUAAUACAUACAGCUAAUACAUACUAAUACAUCUGCUGCUCAUUCAAAGCUCACAUUAGUAUGUCAUUUUAGUGCAAUGAUUUCAAUUCCACCAAAGCUGUUGACUUUUCUUGGUCUUUUUGAACUGGCCAAAAGUGGCCCAAAGGGAAGUCUUGUCUUUUGGCAGCGAUAAAGCAUCUAAAAAGUGGUGCUAGACACACUGCAGCCUGUUGAUUGGCGAAGAAAGAAUCAGCACUCCAACUAAACAAAAAGUAUUUUUUUAAAAACAAAGACUACCAAAUGCUGGAAGCUUUCCAUUUUUGUCCUUUGUUCUUCGUUUCAUGUGCCUUUUCUUUCUUGAAUUCAAUAGUGCUGCUAUAAUUUCAUAAUAUGUGAUGCAGCUAUCACUCUUUGUCUGCACAUUAUGGUUCCAUGUUUACCAUGGCCAGCCAAAGUGAAUGUUGCGUUGCAAGAGUUCACAACGGAAAAGUCUUCUCGUCAGAUGCAGAGAGAUUACAUUCACUGAAGACUAAA